AUGCCAAUAAUUGACGGAGGUGGUUCUUCUGGGGUUGUUGAUGAGUUGACUUUCAAUUUGAAGGAUACUGUUGUGGAAGGUUGCUUUGGAUUUGAGUUUGAGCCUUAUGCUAAGAAGUUGUUGAUGAGUGCUCAAUUGAGGCACAAGAUCUUUUGUGAAGAGUUUGUUAUUAAGGCGUUUUGUGAAGCUGAGAAAGCUCAUAGAGGACAGAUGCGAGCUAGUGGUGAUCCGUAUUUGCAGCAUUGUUUGGAAACUGCUGUGUUGCUGGCUUUGAUCGGUGUAAAUUCAACUGUAGUUGCUGCAGGGCUUUUGCAUGAUACACUUGAUGAUGCUUUUCUUACUUAUGAUUAUAUAUUUGGGAUGUUUGGAGCUGGAGUUGCUGAUUUAGUUGAAGGGGUGAGGAAUUUGUUUGGUGUUGAUCAAUAAUUGAUUGUUAUUUUAGAUUAAGAUAUUGGAAUUUGAUUUUUAGAUUUGCAUGUAUUUAGCCAAUCUUUGAAUCAGGCUUUGCAAUUGAAUUUGUUCCUGA